AUGGCGGAGGAGACGACGCACAACACCAAAAACUCUACCACCGGCGCCGAAGAAGCAGCGGCGGCUGAAAAGGAAAUCAUCAGCAGCAGCAGCAACAACAAUAACACAAUCAAGGAAAGAAAAGUGUCGUGGGCAAGGCUUCGCCGCGUCGACUCCCUCAACAUGGAGGCCGGAAACCUUUCUUCCAAGCCCAGUACCCAUCAUCAUGCUUCCGAUCAUUGGGUGAGGACUCUGAGCCUGGCUUUUCAAAGUAUAGGAGUUAUAUAUGGAGAUAUCGGGACAUCGCCUCUGUACGUUUACGCGAGCACUUUCACUGACGGUAUUAAACACAAUGAAGAUAUCCUAGGUGUCCUCUCACUCAUCAUCUACACCAUCUUUUUGGUCCCCAUGGUCAAAUACGUCUUCCUCGUUCUUUUGGCUAACGACAAUGGCGAUGGAGGAACGUUUGCACUAUAUUCUCUGAUUUGUCGGUACGCGAAUGUGAGCCUGAUUCCAAAUGAUCAACCUGAGGACAGGCAUCUGUCGAACUAUAGACUUGACACGCCGUCGAACCAGUUGCAUCGUGCUCAGAAGAUCAAAGAGAAACUUGAGAAGAGCACAGCUUGUAAAGUUGUCCUCUUUCUUGCAACAAUCUUAGGUACUUCAAUGGUCAUUGGUGAUGGUGUUCUAACACCCUGCAUCUCAG